AUGGAAGGGCCUUCUGUUUCUUCUAGGAAGCUUAGGAGACCUCUUACUCAAAGGUCCAAGAUUCAUGCUGCAUUGCUCUGUUCAUAUUGGUUCCUUAGCAUUCUGCGGAUGGUUUCUCUUGGAUUGUUUUUGGAGUGGAGGAUCAAGCACCCAAAUGAUGAUGCAAUUAUGUUUGUGAUCUGUGAAACCUGGUUUGCUUUCACUUGGUUACUUGAUCAGCUUCCCAAGCUCUUUCCUGUUAACCGGUCAGCUAAUCUUGAAGUUUUGAAGAAAUUUGAUCUUCCAGGGAUUGAUGUCUUUGUUUCUACUGCAGAUCCUGAGAAAGAACCACCACUUGUCACUACAAACACUAUCUUGUCCAUUCUUGUAGCUGAUUACCCUGUAGAGAAACUUUCUUGGUACAUUUCUGAUGAUGGAGGUGCCCUUGUGACCUUUAAGGCUAUGGCGAAGGCAACGAAAUUUACGAAAAUUUGGGUCCCUUUUUACCGAAAACAUGAUAUCUGUCCAAGGAACCCUGAAUCUUACUUCAACACGAAGCGAGAGACUUGUAAGACUAAGCUGUGUCAAGAUUUUGUAAGGGAGCAUAGGUACAUGAAGCGGGAGUAUGAUGAGUUCAAAGUUCAGAUCAAUGCCCUUCCUUGCAUCCUUCAGCAACUUUCUGAUGUCUGUAAUUCUGAGGAGGUGAGCAAAGGCAUGAAGCAUUAUAAAGAGAUCGAAACGAAAAGUCUGGCUUUGUCCGAGAAGGCUACUUGGAUGGUGGUCGAUGAAGCGAAUUCGUCCCCAUGGCCCGGAACUUGGAUGGUUCCUGCACCUGAGCACUCUAAAGGAGAUCACGUUAGUAUCAUACAAGUCUAUUGCAAACUAGCUAUAGCGUAG